UCCGGCCUCCGGCGAGAACCUCUCCAUGGCUCUCUCCGACGAUGAACAGACGACAGAGCAAACAGAGAAGUCUCUCGCAGACCUUCCAAUCAUCGAAGACGAAGAAGAAGACGAAGACGAAGACGACGAACCUUCUAAUGGCGAAGACGAUGAAGAAGACUUUGAAGAGGAAGAGGAAACACCAGAGACAAAACAGUCCCAAAUUCGAUCUGACCGAGCGAAAAUGGAGAACUUAUUCCGCCGAAUUUCGACAGAGCGAGUCCCUCUCAGAGUCCACGACGUUUUAAUCAAAGGCAACACGAAGACCAAGGGCUCAUUGAUCGAAGCCGAGGUUGAAGUGCUUAAGAGUGUUGGUACAGUGCAAGAGUUGAUUCAGGCUGCGAGUAUUGCGAAUGAGAGGCUUCAACGUCUUGAGAUUUUUGAUUCGGUUAAUAUUACGCUCGAUUCGGGGCCGCAGGAGUUCCCUGGGACUGCGAAUGUGAUUGUGGAAGUUGUGGAGAGUAAAAAGCUUCUCACAGGCGACAUUGGUAUGUUCACGAAGCCCGAGGCUAGAUCUUGGUCACUUGAAGGAUCACUCAAGCUGAGAAACUUGUUUGGCUAUGGGGAUCUCUGGGAUGGUUCUUUGGGUUAUGGCUGGGACCAAAUAUCAGAGGUUAGUGUUGGCGUAUCUUUACCCAGAUUUAAAGGAUUGUUUACCCCUGUAAUGGCUCGAGUAUAUCUGCUUUCCCAAGACUGGCUGAAACUUUCAUCUUACAAAGAGCAAUCACUGGGACUGUCUAUUGGCCUGAUAUCAUCCAAGAAUCAUGAUUUGGCAUAUAAUCUCUCGUGGCGUACCUUAACAGAUCCAUCACAAAUGUCAUCCAAAUCAAUAAGGAGACAGUUUGGACAUGGUUUGCUCUCGUCUUUGAAGUACACCUUUAAGGUGGACACGAGAAAUUCACCUCUAAGACCCACUCGAGGAUAUGCUUUUGUUUCUACUUCUCAAAUUGGUGGUCUUGUACCUGAUUAUCGGAGCUUACGUUUUUUCCGCCAGCCUCGUGCAGAAGUGUACUCACAGUAA